AUGGAUGCUCUGCUCAAUCCCCGCUUUGAGAACCUAGUGUGGUCGAUGCCGCAAAGCAUCUUUGUCGAGGUCUUUCAUUUGCUGUCCCCGGCUUACUUUAUCGAUCCUUAUCGGGAGAUCCAUCGCCCAAUUCACCCGUCGGCCGUUGAUGUCAAGCAGUACAGAUCGCUGGACUCGAUUUUCGACGAGUUCGCCAAUAACCUUGCCGCAAUCCUGCAGACUAGACGGUCGGCGGGCCAUUUGCUAGGCCUAGCCGAGUACACGCACCUUCUCGAUUGCGCACGCUCAAUGGGCGAUGCAAUGAUGGCAGACUAUAUCUGGCAUGCCAUUAAGGAGGACGACCUGGUGCCAGAUGCUCAGUGCUAUAACCAUUAUAUGGAGGCGAAGGUCUGGCAUAAAGCGUAUACUGGCCUGGAGAAGUAUCACACGAGAAUGACCCCUCAUGCUUAUCGGCACAGGAGGUUUUUCACCCCCAACAGCGGAUGGCAAGGCUAUGGUACGGCCGGCAAUAGUGUGAGAAAGGAAGUGCUGCAGAUCUUCAAUGAGAUGACACUGGAGGGUACCUCGGGGGAUACAACUGCCUUUGUCAAUGUCAUCCUUGCGUCAAGUCGCGUUGGGCAUCUGCAAGGAGCCAAGAAUGUGUUGCACACCGUUUGGAACAUUGAUGUCGACGCACUGCUGGAACAGUCGGAGCACCCCGCGGUGACCCCAUACGAUCGCUCCUCGCCGCUGUACCCCACAAACCACCUCCUGUUCGCGGUAGCUCAUGCGUUCGGCACAAACAACGAUAUCCCGGCUGCUCUGCGUACAAUAGACUUCAUUUCCAACCAAUAUGACAUUCCUAUCCCACAGAACGUUUGGCUCGAACUAUUCGAGCGAUCAUUUGUCUUGUCCCGUCCGAGAUUUGGCCCAGAUGCUGAAAGAAAUGCAAAAGGCAAGGUUUCGUAUGACUUUCUGAACACCAUGUUCGAAACCAUGACAGCCGAGCCUUUCAACGUGCGUCCAACAAUAGAGGUACACCAUAUACUCGCCAAAACGGCAUGGGAUCGUGCCCGCUUGUCAGAAUUCCAACGCCAUAUGCGAGCUGCAUAUGAAAUUUUAAGAGAGACUAGAAGGAAAAGAAGGACUGCGAGGUCGAUACUAGAGGCGUACAUGGGACACUCCCGAGCACAUAGAGCAGGGGUUGACCCGGUGCUCCUCAGAUCGCGAGCCUUUGCAGAUGCAGUGCAUGCAUAUGAUAUUCUUCGGCUGCGCACUACUCAGCAAACCGUUAUAAUGGAGCGUCUCGCGCGACUUUUGCUGAUCCACCAUCGUUGGGUGGGCCGUGACAACCCAGCAUGGGAACGCAGCAUUCUUCCACGAGCGCUUGAAGAAUGGCGAGAUUUCCUACCUCAGUCUCUGGUAUACCACAUCCGUGGAGGCCUUGUGCAGUUCCACGGUACCACCUUCUGGGGUCAGCGUAAUAUAAGACCCCAUAAAAGAGUGCCGGUUCGGCGGCCAGCUUUGGAUACCGAGGUCGAGCUAGACGAGGAAGCCAACGAGAUAGAUGAUGAUUUCUUCUGGGAGGCUUAUCUGCAGUCUGCACCGCACCUUGACCUGUCCUCUCCACCGCUGAAGCGGCUGUUCUGGGCGAUGCAAGAGCCCGACGAUACAAAUGGCUAUGCCGCUCAUGAACAAGAUACCUUUCUGGAUGAAGAGCUGGGCUAUGAACCUGGCGAGCUUGGGGUCCCUAGAGCUAGAAAGGCUGCAGGGAUGCCAGAACGAAUGCGCGCUAAUACCGGAAAGCGCCGAACAAAUGAAGUUCAUGAUACCUUCGACACUACUCCCGAUUAUCUCUCGUGGACUUGA